AUGGCUUCAGUUUUGAAUUUAGUGAAAAGAAAUAACUUGGGCUACCUUACGAAGUAUUUGGCUGCAAAUGACCGAAUCUAUCAACACGUUAGGAGUGCAUCAAAAUGGUAUCCGGGUGUCGAAGAAAUGAAACAAUUCGAGCGACCUGUUAUGUUUGUGCCUGAAGAAGCUGGUGAUUGGAAGGUGGAAGCAUGGAAUUCUAAUCCUCAGCCUAUUGAACGAGAAGUGAAAAACAUGACCAUAAAUUUUGGACCACAACAUCCAGCUGCCCACGGCGUACUUAGAUUAGUACUGGAACUGGCCGGAGAGGUCGUUAUACGAGCUGAUCCUCAUAUUGGACUUUUACAUCGUGGUACAGAAAAAUUAAUUGAAUACAAGACAUAUACUCAAGCAUUGCCAUAUUUCGAUCGUCUUGAUUAUGUAUCUAUGAUGUGUAAUGAACAGUGUUACUCAUUGGCCGUGGAAAAAUUGUUGAACAUUGAUAUACCAUUGAGGGCAAAGUAUAUCAGAACAUUGUUUGCGGAAAUUACUCGUUUGUUAAAUCAUAUUAUGGCUAUUGGCACUCAUGCCUUAGAUAUUGGUGCUAUGACACCAUUCUUUUGGUUAUUUGAAGAACGAGAAAAAAUGAUGGAAUUCUAUGAAAGAGUAUCUGGAGCUAGGAUGCAUGCUGCCUACAUACGACCUGGAGGCGUGUCUCAGGAUAUACCACUUGGAUUGAUGGAUGAUAUUUAUCAGUUUUCGGCUAAGUUUGGGGAACGUAUUGAUGAAACUGAAGAUAUGCUUACUAAUAAUGGAAUUUGGAUUGCUAGGACACGUGAUAUAGGUGUUGUGAGUGCUGAAGACGCUCUAAAUUUAGGUUUUAGUGGAGUUAUGCUACGUGGUUCUGGUAUCAAAUGGGAUUUACGUCAAACACAACCUUAUGAUGCAUACCACCUUGUUGAUUUUGAUGUACCUAUUGGCACUCGUGGUGAUUGUUAUGACAGAUAUUUAUGUAGAGUUGCAGAAAUGAGGCAAUCACUUAGAAUUAUUGAACAGUGUUUGAAUCAAAUGCCAGCUGGUGAAAUUAAAACUGAUGACAUGAAAGUAUCGACCCCAUCAAGAUCAGAGAUGAAAAACUCCAUGGAAGCCCUAAUUCAUCAUUUCAAAUUGUUUACCCAAGGUUAUCAAGUACCUCCAGGUGCUACAUAUACUGCCAUUGAAGCACCCAAGGGUGAAUUUGGUGUCUAUUUAGUUUCUGAUGGUACUUCUAGACCGUAUAGAUGUAAAAUCAAAGCACCCGGAUUUGCACAUCUUGCUGCAUUAGAGAAGAUAGGCAAAAAACACUUCCUUGCAGAUAUUGUGGCUAUUAUCGGAACACUUGACGUUGUGUUUGGUGAAAUUGAUCGUUAA